AGAAGCUAGCCUGCAGCUUAUGACGUUGGGAGUUGGAACUCUCAGAACAGCUCUAGUAAACUGUACAUGUUGAUCGUGCAUUACAUUGAAACGCAAACAAACUAGAUUUGUACAUUUAGAAAACACCGAUAGUAACCAUGGGUGAUCAGAAGAGUGGUGAUUUGGCAACAGCAAUCCUUCGCAAAAAGGACAAACCUAAUAGGCUCCUUGUGGAGGAGGCUGUUAAUGAUGACAACUCUGUCGUUGCCUUGUCGCAGGCCAAAAUGGACGAGCUUCAGCUCUUUCGUGGUGAUACAGUCCUCCUGAAAGGAAAGAGACGUAAAGAGACUGUCUGCAUUGUACUAUCAGACGAGACAUGUCCAAAUGAAAAAAUACGAAUGAACAGAGUCGUCAGGAAUAACCUUCGUGUUCGUUUGAGCGACGUUGUAUCUGUUCAGGCAUGUCCCGAUGUCAAGUAUGGAAAACGCAUUCAUGUACUGCCCAUGGAUGACACUGUCGAGGGGCUCGCUGGUAAUUUAUUUGAGGUUUACUUGAAGCCUUACUUCCUGGAGGCGUAUCGUCCCAUUCAUAAAGACGAUAACUUCAUUGUUCGUGGGGGUAUGCGAGCGGUGGAAUUCAAAGUUGUGCAAACUGAUCCUGGUCCUUACUGCAUAAUUGCCCCCGAUACCGUUAUUCAUUGCGAAGGAGAUCCUAUUAAAAGGGAGGAAGAGGAAGAAGCUCUCAACGCAGUGGGUUACGAUGACAUCGGAGGUGUCCGCAAGCAGCUUGCUCAAAUUAAAGAGAUGGUGGAGCUCCCCCUCCGUCAUCCAUCUCUCUUCAAAGCGAUCGGAGUUAAGCCCCCACGAGGUAUUCUCCUGUACGGACCCCCAGGAACCGGAAAGACGUUGAUUGCCCGAGCUGUUGCCAACGAAACUGGUGCCUUUUUCUUCCUCAUCAACGGCCCCGAGAUCAUGUCGAAGCUUGCUGGUGAAUCAGAAUCCAAUCUUCGUAAGGCCUUCGAAGAGGCCGAGAAGAACUCACCAGCUAUUAUUUUCAUUGACGAGCUUGACGCCAUAGCUCCAAAACGUGAGAAAACCCAUGGUGAAGUUGAGAGGCGUAUUGUCUCCCAAUUGUUGACCUUGAUGGAUGGUAUGAAGCAGAGUUCUCAUGUUAUUGUCAUGGCAGCGACGAACAGACCAAACAGCAUCGAUGGAGCGCUUCGCAGAUUCGGUCGUUUCGAUCGAGAAAUCGAUAUUGGAAUUCCAGAUGCAACUGGACGUCUGGAGAUUCUUCGCAUUCAUACGAAGAAUAUGAAACUUGCUGAGGAUGUUGAACUGGAGCAAAUUGCUGCUGAGAGCCAUGGGCACGUGGGUGCUGACUUGGCUUCGCUUUGCUCAGAAGCUGCACUCCAACAAAUUCGAGAGAAGAUGGAUCUUAUUGAUCUCGAAGACGAUCAAAUUGAUGCUGAAGUAUUGGCCUCACUCGCUGUCACCAUGGACAACUUCAAAUAUGCUAUGGCUAAGAGUAGCCCCAGUGCUCUACGUGAGACCAUCGUCGAAGUACCAACUGUCUCCUGGGACGAUGUUGGAGGACUUCAAAAUGUUAAGAAGGAACUGCAGGAGCUUGUUCAAUAUCCUGUCGAGCAUCCUGACAAAUUCUUAAAGUUUGGAAUGCAACCGUCAAGGGGUGUACUGUUCUAUGGACCUCCUGGGUGUGGUAAGACACUGUUGGCCAAAGCUAUUGCCAACGAAUGCCAGGCGAAUUUCAUCUCAGUUAAGGGACCUGAAUUGCUAACAAUGUGGUUCGGAGAAUCUGAAGCCAAUGUCAGGGAUGUCUUCGAUAAGGCAAGAUCUGCAGCCCCUUGUGUGCUUUUCUUCGACGAGUUGGAUUCGAUCGCAAAAUCUCGUGGUGGAUCAGUGGGUGAUGGUGGUGGUUCAGCUGAUCGUGUCAUCAAUCAAAUUCUCACUGAAAUGGAUGGCAUGGGAGCGAAGAAAAAUGUAUUUAUAAUCGGCGCAACGAAUCGUCCAGACAUUAUUGAUCCAGCAAUCCUUCGGCCAGGUCGUCUCGAUCAACUCAUAUAUAUUCCACUGCCAGAUGAGAAAUCACGCGAAGCUAUUUUCCGAGCUAAUCUACGCAAAUCACCAGUAGCUAAAGAUGUUGAUCUAACGUACAUCGCUAAAGUCACACACGGAUUUUCGGGUGCUGAUUUGACUGAAAUCUGUCAACGUGCCUGCAAAUUAGCUAUUAGACAGUGCAUCGAGACUGAGAUUCGCCGGGAAAAGGAGCGCAUGGAUAAUCCAUCGGUGUCCAUGGAUACUGACGACGACGAUCCAGUUCCGGAAAUUACAAGGGCUCACUUUGAGGAAGCAAUGAGGUUCGCUCGUCGUUCAGUGUCGGAUAAUGAUAUCAGAAAGUAUGAGAUGUUCGCACAGACGUUACAGCAGUCACGAGGCUUCGGCACCAAUUUCAGAUUCCCCCAAAAUGCUGGUGGAGGUCCACAAGAUUCGACGCAGGGUGAUCAAACCUUCCAAGACGAUGGUGACGAUGACCUCUAUGGUUAAGUCUUCGUAACUGUAAUGUUCAGUGCAGUGAAACGCAUUACAAAAGGGGCUAUCUGAUAUUCUCAUUGUUUACCUCCCUCUCUUUUUCGUAUGUAAGUUUUUACGCCUGUCACGAUUUCUAGGGCUAUCAUUAUCCAUAAUUCAAUAGAAAAUACGAAAUGAAAAGUGCUGAUUAAUGGUGAUCCUCUUCAUAAUUAAUUGGGUGGAUGAAUAAAGCAAUCUUAUCACUGAUCAUCUCAGAUCAUAAACAAAAUUUGGGCCCAGGGAACUAAGUAAUUAAACAAAAUAUGAAUGAAAUAAAUAAGUAAAAAUAUAACAAAAUCAUCUUCUAAAAAUGAAGGAUUCGUUUAUCAUGUUUUUAUACCGUUUUGAUGAUUCAAUUAAAAGAAUUUUAUAUGCCCCAGAAACCUCAUCUCGCAUUCCAUUUUAACGAAAAUAUGGGAAUAUUUUGACGUUUUCUUCCCUAGAUUAUUGUAUGAUAGACCCUUUUGUUGUGUCGUCACUCUGCAAGUUUUUUCACGAAAAAAAUCGUCACAAGUAGGUUUGAAAAAAAAAAAUUGUCGAUAAUUCAGAAGUGAAAGAUGUUAAAGCGUAACUGAACGAGUUGACUUAUCGUAUUUCGUUGAAUCUGAAAUUAUCUCGAUAGCAAACGAUUCUAGGGGAAAAUAUGUGAUUUCCGUUGCAAAUUCUUUCACUAACGAAGUUCUGAUAUCUUCCCCUGAAAUAUCUUGGUCUGGGAUGACUACAGAAUUAACAAAUAGGAAAAUUCUACUCCUUACGUUUUACCCUUCACACCAUAAUUCAUACUGCGUUAAGGUUAAAAUAAUAACAGAUAAAUAAAUGAAAUAAACAAAAAUGAAUAAAAUAUUAAAGCUAUGCAUUGA